CCGGCAAGAGUUGUGUUCGUUUUCGUUUCUUAUUUACUGUUGUAAUUGUCAAGUGAUUUCGUUAAAUUUGUUCAGUCCUUUAUUGUUUGAUCAAGGCCUACGACUUUUGGCCCUUUUCUCGGAAGAAUGGACAACGUUUCGGUGUCGAAGGGUGUCUUUGUACACAAAGGCAAAUACAAGAUUGGCGAUAAGAGCACAAAGUUUCAGUCACCAGAUUAUUUUUCUGUACCAUGGUAUCUUGCUUAUAAAGAGAUAUGGGAAAGCAUUCAGGAAGCUACUGAGGACAUCAGAUUUUCUAUGUUUCAACAAAUUCUGACCGAUUUAGAAUCAUUUGUUACCAAUGUUAAGACAAAGCCAUUAGAAAGUCUAGAAAAUGAGAUUUCAACAGCCAUUGUAUUAACAGGAGUUAAUGUUCCUGAUCAUGCAAUAAUGUUUAAUAGAAUAAUCUCAAAAUUAGAACCAAUAACAGCACACACAGCAGUUAUAUGGAGCAGAGAUUCAAAUAGUUUAAAAAACAUUUUGGAAGAAACAAUCUAUCAAUUGAUAAAUCAUGACACGAAUGAAGACACUCAGGCAAAAAAAAGUCAGUGCACCAUGCGUGCUUUGAAAGAUUGGUAUGAGGAACACUGCGAACCAAAUAUUCCUCUUGUUAUAAUUAUAACUGACUUUGAAAGCUCUUCUCCAGCAGUAUUACAUGAUUUUAUUUCAAUACUUAGUUCUUAUGCAAAUACAAUGAAGUUCAUUCUCAUAUUUGGCGUUGCUACCACUUUGCAUGCUAUUCAUAGAUCUCUAUCAUAUGAUGUUACUUCAAAAUUAAAUGUGCAAGUUUUUCACACGCAAACACAGAUGAAUAUAUUAUCCGAAGUAAUAGAAAAUAUUGUAUUCUGUACAAACAUACCAUUUAAACUAACUGGACGAGCGUUUCAGCUAUUAACAGAUAUAUUUCUGUUUUAUGAUUUCUCAGUGGAGCAUUUUUUGCAAAAUUACAGGAUAUGUAUGAUCCAACAUUUUUAUGGAAACAAUAUAAAUUCUCUCUGUUGUCAAUCACAAGAGAUUGAGAACAGAAUAUCUUCGUUAACUGUUGAAGACAUUGACGAGAUUAAGAAGUUACCAUCAAUAGAAAAGUAUCUUCAAAAACUUCAAAAAGAGAGAAACAAGAAUGAAGAGUCAGUUAAUAGGAACUUCAAGGAUAUAUUGAAACAUUUAUUAAACAAAUUUCGCCGAUAUAUGCAUCGAUUUUUAAUAGUAUUGAGGUGUCUACAUGUCUUCAUGGCACCACUGCCAAACUCUCCCAUGGGUAAACAGUUACGGGAAUUCUACACAAGAGCAGUGUACGUGAACGAUCUAAAGGAAUCACAGGAGUACAAAGAGUGCUUGCAGUUGUUGAGUUUUCUAUCGAAGACAGAACUUGUCUCGAAAUUAAAUUCUCUUAUUGACAUCAUGAAAGAAGCCAAAGAUUCAGUUCUGAAGAAAAUAAGAACGGAUCUUCAGGCUCAUAUAGGAAAAAUCGAGGAAGCUAGCUUAGAGACAUCCGCACAAUCUACCGACGUUCUUUCCGCUGGCGAGAAACUGAGUAGACUUCAAUUGAAAGAGAAACUGCUAAAGAUGUCCCAAGCGCACUCUCGGUCGCCUUACAAACAGGCCCUAUUGGACGUGAUUAAUUACCUGGAUGAGCAGGUGUUCUGUGCAUGCUUGGUCAAUCCGCAUCAUAUACCAGCGAAUGAGAUAUUUUGCUUCAACGAAGGGACUUUGGCGAAACAACAUAUUCGGGGAUCUUUGAGGGCCGCGAUACACACUGGACUUAACGAUCCCCAGGUGUACAUGAACUGCGAGUGCUGCAAAUUGGAGAACGACGACGCCAUUCCGCCUACUCUGCCAGACCUCAGUAUAAUUUACAAACUGCACUUGGAAUCCAGGAAGCUGAUCAAUAUGUACGACUGGCUACAGCUGCAUACCUCUUGUUUGAAUAAUUCACACGUGUUCCCGCGUGAAUUUUAUCGCGCGCCAAGGUAUCCUUAA